AUGUCCGUGUGCCGGCCAUCCUGGUACGCCCUGCCGGGCCUGUGCACCGGCGUCGGGUGCUGCCAGAGCGCGAUACCGCCCGGGAUCAGCUUCUUCGAGCCGCACCAGCGCAAAUUCCCGCCGCACCAGGACGACAAUCCCACCUUCAUCAGCAACGCCAUGUCGUGCCACUACGUGUUCCUCGUCGACACUGAGUGGUUCACGUACAGCGACCUUGUCUUCCUCAACCACACCGACGACUUCGACAUGCCCGUCGUGCUCGACUGGGCCGUGCGGAACGUCGGCAACUGCAGCGCCGCCAGGCGCAACGCCACCGACUUCGCCUGCCGGAGCGCGCACAGCGAGUGCUUUGACGCCGACAACGGCCCCGGGUACCGGUGCAACUGCUCCAGGGGCUACGACGGCAACCCCUACCUCGACGGUGGAUGCACAGACAUCGACGACUGCCAACUGAAAGACGAAUACUCGUGCUAUGGGGUCUGCACGAACUCGCAGGGAAGUUACACUUGCCAAUGCCCUCCCGGGACAAGUGGAGAUGCCACCAGGAAGGAUGGCUGCCGGCAGAAGGACAAGUUCACAUUAGCUCUGAAGUGGGCGGCCAUCAAGAAGUCCAAGAUGAUGGAGGCCACCGAGACCAAGGAGUUUGCGAGGGAGAUGCUCAUCCUCUCCCAGAUCAACCACCGGAACAUCGUCAAACUGCACGGCUGCUGCCUCGAGGUGGAGGUGCCGAUGCUUGUCUAUGAGUACGUCUCCAACGGAACUCUGUACCACUACAUCCAUGGCGGCGAGGGCCUCGACAUCAACAAGGCACUCGACACCCGCCUUCGGAUAGCAGCAGAGUCUGCCGAGGCCCUGUCAUAUAUGCACUCGUCGGCCUCGCCCCCAAUCGUCCACGACGAUGUCAAGACGGCCAACAUCCUGCUCGACGGCAGCCUCGCCGCCAAAGUCUCUGACGUCGGGGCGUCGAAGCUACAACCAAGUGAUGAGGCUGAGAUUGCAACACUGGUGCAAGGGACCUGCGGGUAUCUGGACCCGGAGUACCUCAUGGCAUGCCAGCUCACAGACAAGAGUGACAUCUAUAGCUUUGGUGUUGUUCUGCUUGAACUCUUGACAGGGAAGAAGGUGUUGUGCUUUGAUGGGCCAGAGGAGGACAGGAGCCUCGUCUCCCGAUUCACGAUGGCCGUGAAAGCCGACCAGCACGACGAGCUCCUUGAUGACCAGGUGAGAACAAAGAUGGGCCCAGAGGCGUUGGAAGAAGUAACGCACCUUGUGAUGCAUUGUGUGAGCAUGAUCAGGGAGGAGCGUCCAUCAAUGAAGGAGGUUGCUGAGAAACUGGAGGCUCUAAGGAGCGAGAUCGAAGCCGAGCUCGUCUACAGGGUGCCAGUAGUGGGCCGGUUUAUUGACCUUGUGCACGGUCCCACGUCGGCUCCUCGACGACGUUGUGUUUCAUGUGGCUAUGCUGGGAUACCCUUCGUUCUGAACUGCUUCGAGCCGUACCAACGGAACUUCCCGCCAGGGCAGAAUGGCGGUUCUGAUCUCGCCUUCAUCAUCAACACCACGUCGUGCCACUACGUGUUCCUCGUCGAGCUUGAUUGGUUCAGCUACAGCGACCAUGUGUUCCUCAACCGCACGGACGACUUCAAUGUGUCGGUCGUGCUCAGCUGGGCCAUGUGGAGCGUCGGAAACUGCAGCACCGCCAGCCGCAAUGCCACAGACUUCGCCUACCGGAGUGCACGCAGCGAGUGCUUCAACGUCACCAAUGGCCCCAAGUACCGGUGCAGCUGCUCCUAG